AUGAAGUACACACUCGCUACUCUUGCAUUUGGCAUUGGCGCCUCUGCUCGCGUUCUUCAAAGAGAUGACUGCUCUUUCACAUUAACCGCAUCCGGCGGCCUUACUGGCAAUGUCGGACAGUUGGACGAUGGACAGAACCGUAUCGGCGGUAACCCACCUACAUCUCAAGCCACCUACUCGAUCAACAACGGACAGAUCACCUCGGCUGGCAAGGGAUGCAUUCUCACACCACCAACAACACAAUUCCAGUGUGAUGCUGGAGCAACCCCAACUGGAGGUUUCUCCAUUGGCUCCAACGGCGCUCUCUCCCAUGAUGGAUCUACCACCUUCUACGCCUGCCCUGCUACAGACUCAGAGUACAACAUCUACACUACUCCAGUAGAGAACCAGCCAAAGUGUGUCGAGGUCGGUUUGACUGCCAGUGGAUGCUAUGGUAACGGCCAGCCAGCAUCUAGCAAGCCAGCUACAUCCGCAGCACCACCCGCACAAACCCAGACCGCACCUCCUCAGACUCAGACUCAGACUGCUCCAGCACCUCCACCACAGACGGAGACGAAGACUGCACCACCUGAGACAGUCACUGAUGAGGAGACAAAAACUCAGACUGCACCACCUCAGACCGUCACCAAGGAGCAGACUGAGACUGCAACUGCAACUGCACCACCACAGACAAUCACUCAGCAGACAACCCUCCCUGCUGAGACUGUCCAAGUCACGCAGACUGUGCAAUCAUCUUGCCCAGCACCAUCCACCGUUACCGAGACCUCAGUUGUCGUCUCCACCGUUCAGGCUUCUUGCCCAGCGCCUUCAACUGUGACUGUUACCUCAAUCGAGACUGCCCCAGCCCCAGCACCAGUCACUGAGACCGCUCCAGUUGCUGUUCCAGUUCCAACCACUCAGACUCAGGUCAUCAGCUCCAUCGCUACUGCUACCGCCCCAGUAGUCACCGAGACCCAGACCACCCAAGCCGGUCAGCCAUCAGUGCCAGCAACCCAACCAGCCGGUCAACCAUCAGCACCAGCAACCCAACCACAGCCAACACAGGGACAAGCAACCUCCCCAGCUGCCCCAGCCGGCACCGCACCAGCAGCCUCCCCAUCAAGCUGCCCAGCAAACCUCAACGGCAACUACCAAUACCCCCACUUGAUCGUCCCAGUUGAUUCCGCCUCCCCAGACAAGGCCGCUGGCACCCAAUACAACGGCAAGGUCACCUCCACCAUCUCCUCAAUCUUCAACUUCGACAUCCCAGCCUCCUACACCGGAACCUGCUCCCUGGUCUUCCUCUUCCCAGAGCAAAAAGACCUCGAGACCUCCUCCUUCACCUUCUCCGGCAACGGCGUCGUCGACUUCAAGCAGCUCACCACCGUCGCCUCCCAGUCCACCACCUUCGCCAACCAAGGCGAGUCCAAGGACCUCGGCACCCAGACCGUCACCCCAGGUACCUCCACCGUCGUAUCUACCUUCCCCUGCCCAGCCGGCCAGGCCGUCAGCUACGAGAUCAGCGCCGUGUCUGGUACCGAUCUCGAGUUCUUCCAGGACUACAACCCAAGCCCAAUCGGCUUGUACGUUACCACCUGCUAA